AUGGACAGUAACUCGCCACAGCCGGAGAUCGCCCCGCCACAGGAGGACACCACCUCGCCACAGGGGGAGACCACCUCACCACAAGAGGAGGCUACCUCGACCCAGGAGGACACCGCCUCGCCACCCGCGAAGUGGCAGGCACACCCCUACGCCAUUCACUGGGCGCUACUCAACCACAUCUUCGAUCCCCUUCUCGAGGCCAGGCCCGAGGUCUUCCUGAGGACGGGCGCCGAGGUACAUGCACGCGCCACCGCGCUCCUCUUCAAGCACGUCACGGUCGGCACAGUGGACCGGUACAUUGCUGAGCCCGGCACGCCGAGUGAGCACCUCUUCCACUUCUGCAACCCCACCACCGGCGCCAGGCUCCCGUUCCCGAGCUUCAAGGUCGUGCACGCGUACGAGAAUAUCACUGGCAUUCAAGCGCCGAGGAUCAUAUGGCAGGCCACAUCGACGGGGUACCGCAUGCCUGCGAAGCAGCGCAAGGAGAUCCUCAAGUUGAUUCACGUCAUCGACUCGCCUAUCACCAUCCCUGAGAGCCUUUUUAAAGACCUCCCCAACCUCGAAUACUGGCGCGUCUAUCAGUGCGAAGAGGAAUACCUCCCCAGCGGCGAUGCGGCAUGCUACUACAUGCCCGCAGUGUCCAAAUUGGUCCUGUUCGGGCCGGAGCGAUUCGACAUGUCAUGGAGCCGCCCCCGCGAGAAGAUUGUCCUUCACCUGCAGUCAACGGGCACUUUCGAACAGGCACCCAGUGACCGUGCCGGGAGCUGCGGGAAUCCUCGACACUUCGUCAUUAUCGCGCACCCAGGCGGGCACUUGGAAGAAGAGCUGCCACAAAUCGCCGUUCGUAUGCACAAAUUGGGCAACAUCCUUGCCGCCUACGCUAGGCGAACUGGCCGACUUCCUUAUUCCUCGAGCACCCUCGUCUUCUUAGGCUCCUCACCCUCAUGCGCAAUGUUCGCCAACAGGCGUCUGCAUUCCUCUCGUUGGAGGAGUAUGUACAAGGCGACCCUCUCUGAGGAGGAGGCCGAGGUGGAGCUGAACGUCAGCGACCGCAUUCUCUCCCGUUUCAUCGAGUAUUCCCACAUAGUAGCCGAGAAGACCCUUGUGCCGCCGAUACAAAUCCUAGUGUGA